AUGUUUCACAAGAAAUCAUCCGUGAGCAACGAUCGCGGAACCAUACAAUACAAACUAGAAGAAGAGGGAAAACUGUCGACAGGGGCAGCUUUCCAGCGCUAUGCUGCCUUUGAAGUAACUUCAAUGGAGACACCGGACGCCACGCCUCGACCACUUUCUGUACUGGAAUGGGCGCACGAAGUAUUACUUUCCGAGUCGUGCCUGCACGAUCUUAUUGAGACCAUUUCCUCGUCUCCAUACAAAGCCCUGUUUUGGGAAACGAAGGGAGUAACUGUUAAAGCGGCCGCAGAGACUUAUUUUGAAAUGGUGCUCGUCGACGCUCCGCAACUGGCCAAGUUCGUUAAGGGCAAACCCAACCCGGAAGCUUUUGCAUCACAUUUUGGUACUGACAGCAAAUGCCGCCACUCAACAGUUGGCUGCGUUUUUGAGAACCUUGGAAAGGAUGCUACUCUCAUUGCGCCCAAACCUGUCGUAUCCAAAACCACUGAGAGUGUAAAUACUGACACCAGCAAGCAUAAACCAACCGACGACGCCGAUUUUUCGCAUUUGGCAGUGUUUUGCCGCAAUGCCCCUCAAGAGAUAGCUAUAAACGUUUGGAGACUGGCAAUCGAGACUUUCAGUAAAUCAUUGGUGUCAAAGAAAUCGUCGUCCGACGAGCCUGUUUGGUUCUCGACUAGCGGCAUGGGUAUUGCUUGGUUGCAUUUCCGUGUGGACUCUUCGCCGAAGUACUACUCAUACCAACCCUUUAUUGAACCUAACAAAUAG